AUGGACUCCAUAAAUGUGUUCGAUAUUUACAGCACUCCUGAGGUUGCCGCGGCUUCCCCAAGCAAAAAGAAGACAAGAAAGAGGCACCACGGGGAAAGCAGCAAAGUGCCUCAGGCGAAGAAGCCUCGCAAUGCAGGCCCUCCGGAGGAUAGGCCCUCCGCCACCACAACUCCAUCCUCUCCCCGCAAGCAGCAGAUUCCUCCUGCUCCAGCCAGAUCAACUCCACCUCCUGCGGCCCUGACCGAUCAAACUCAGCAGGCCGAUCCUGCUUCAACUGGGGGCGACAUAACUGGUCACGCCUUUAAAUUGGUCAAGGAGAGGGUCGCUAAGAUUGUGAAGCACGACCACUGCCGAGAGGCAAUGGCUGUGGCAGAGGCGAUGGAUGUUGACCUGAUCCUGAACCGUGGCCUGAACGAGUUCACCAGUGCCAUGCUGACCCUCACUGCCGGCCAUAUCCGCUCGGGUGCUGUCACCGAGCAGGCCAGAACUUUGGAGCAACAGCACGAGGAUGAACUUAAAGCUGCCGAGGCAAAAUACGCUGAACAGCUGGCAGUGGUGCUUGAGGAAAAGGCUAAACUAGCUAAGCAGUUGGAGGAGAAGCAGAGGUCUAUGGACAAAGCUCGUGAGCAGAGGGACCAAUUUAAGGAGUCUAACCGCUUCAAUUUCCACGCGGCCCAACAGCUCGAGGAGGACUUGGGUGCCAACUUUGACUACCUUCCCGAGAAUGCGAGAGACGCCGAGCUUGCUCACUGCGCUACUCAGCUGGCUGAGGAAGAAAGGUCAAGGGUUCCUGCUUCCCCUGAAAUCUCGCUGGCCACUGGGAUGGAUGGGGCAGACAACGAGGCUGUAGGCAUCAUCGAUCAAGGCCCAACUCAAGAUCCUCCAGCUACUUAA